AUGGAUGCGACAACUUACAAGUGUUAUUACAUUUGGUGUGAUAAAUCCUUCAAUAGUAAGUACAAUUUGAAGAGGCAUAUCAAUGCUCUUCAUCUCGGGAUCAAAAGAUUCGAAUGCAAUAUGUGCGGAAAAAAGCUGGUCAGUAAGCAAAAUCUAUCUGAGCACUUGUACACCCAUACAGGUGCCAAGCCCUUCAAAUGCAAUUUCCCAGGAUGCGAGAAAGUUUACCGGCAGUCGUCUCAGUUGAGCUAUCAUAAAAGCAGGGUCCAUAUGAAUACUCAUAAAAAGGGUAAAAGCAGUGAAGUCAGUUUUCAAUUUCCUGGUGAAAUUUCAGACAUUGCUCUUCCAAUAAUUAGUUUAGAAAGAAAAAAUAAUCAACUGCAGGCUAAACUGCAGGUGCAUCAUUUACUCUUAAGAUAA